AUGCUUCAGGGGACUUUCUCCCACUUCAAGCCAUCCAAAGAACGAAUCGAACAGUCAUCAGUAGGACCACGAUCCUACCGGCGCGUCAACUUUCCGGAUGACGAUGAGGAGAUAGUGCGCAUCAAUCCUCAGGAAAAGAUUUGGAUGACUGGAUACAAGGAUUAUCGCCAUGCCCCAGCACGAGGAAAGAGCUUCGAUCCCGACGACAUGGACUCCUAUGUACGUUUUGCCAAAAGCGAGGCCUCGAAACACGAAUACACUUAUCCUUACGUAGACAACUCGGACUUUGACCUGGGUGAAGAUACCAAGGUUGCUGUGAUAAAGACUCAGCCUGUCAAAUUCAAGGUCAGGAGGAAAGAAGACGAUGAGAGGUCGUGGUGUGUGUACUGCAGGGACAUGUUCAACCACGAGGAGAACAAGCGGGGUCAAUGCCAGGAUGCUCCAGACCGCGUCAAGACUUGGAUCCAUCGAGUGAGCUGUAUGUGGUGCGCGGACACUAUGCUCUGUCACUGUAUGUCCGACCCAGAAGGAGACUAUACAGAUCCUUGCUCGUGCGACACCAGUGAUGAAAUGUUUUGCCUCCGGUGGAUGGCCCUUAUCGCCUUGUCUUUCAUUGCUCCGUGUAUGUGCUGUUACUUGCGGCUUCGGGCUUGUUACCACUGUGGGGUCAUGUGCAGGUGCUGUGGUGGGAAACACAAAGCUGCUGGAUGACUACAGAUGCGUUCAAAAUGUUAGGUUUGUCCCGUAGUUCAAAGGAACACGUUGGUUUUGGAGCACUGAGGUCACUCACUUUAAUGCAGCCGCUGUGCCCGACGGCAUCCGGAAACCACCAGUAUGGAUCACUUUACAUUGGGUCAUCUGGGGCUCACACUGCAUUGAUUUGCUCAUCAACUGUUCUAACUAACUAACCUACAGCAUAGACUUUUGUAUUAUUAAUCUGUAAUCAAAACAGACUGUCUUGUACAUGUUUUUUUGGGGGUUUUUUUUUGUUGGUUUUUUUUUUCAUUUAAAAUGAGUUUGAGAGAAGAACUGCUUUAAAUGGUGGUGGAUUGUAGAACAUCUCCAGGUUGCCUCUGCUUGUGUGGUACCAUCAGCGUGUUUAGCAAGCUUUGGCAUUUUGCGAAAUGGGGCGGUGUAGUGAAUGAGAUCUCACUCGGAAUAUAUUUUAACUUACUGUCAAGCUAUCGUGUGUGUAUAGAAGGUGUGCUAGUAACAAACUUGUACCACAACACAGUGUUUCUGUCAGUGGUUUUCUUUGGGUUUUUUGUUCUGUUUUCCAAAGCUAAAAUAGCCAUCUGAGCUGCAGUUUCUCAUCUAGGGUCCAUCAUAAUUUCCUUCUGCAAACAUCUUAAAUUAUUUCUCUGUUUGUUAAAGCUCUGUGAACAGAAAGUAAGGCUCAGUUACCAUAGUCACAUAACCAUUGAGAAUCCAGUAGUCCUCCUUACGUGUAAAUCAUUUCAGACCACUACUUGAAAGGGAAACUGAAAUUUUAGGCUUUUCUCUUUUCCCUGAAUAACAUUGGAAAAAUGUGUUUUCAGAGCUCUGCCCAAUAAAGAAAGGGAACUUCUUCAUUAGCCAGCAACGUAGAGAUCUGUGAAUAAAACACUAAGGUUCCAGAUGAGGAAAACUGUUGAUAUGCAAAGAAUUACUAACAAUGCAAUGUCAAAAGCACUAUUGUGGCAAUUCUGGGGAAAUGCUGCAUUAAGUGGUGGAUUAUAUAGGAAAUCGUGUGUGUUUGUUUUCUGUAUACAUGAGCAUGAGAACAUUUGCGUCCACUGUAGUAAAAACAUGUAGCAA